AUGAUGUUUGUGAAUAAGCAUAAUAUUAUUAAUAGCAGUCAGUUUGGGUUUCAGAGUUUGAAAAACACGGAAGAUGCUAUGUUUCAUCUACUGAAAAACGUUUAUCUCAAUUUAAAUAAUCGUGAAGUAGCAGCGGCAGUUUUUUGCGAUCUUUCAAAAGCUUUGGAUUGCGUGGAUCAUGAAAUUCUGCUGCGAAAACUAGAAGUGUAUGGUUUUAGAGAUAUAUCUUUGAAAUGGUUCAGAUCAUACCUGUCAGAACGUACUCAGAAAGACAAACUCCCGGACAACAUAUCCCAUCUCCAGACAGUUACUUGUGGUGUUCCACAAGGAUCGGUUCUAGGUCCAAUUCUCUUCUUGAGUUUGAAAAACACGGAAGAUGCUAUGUUUCAUCUACUGGAAAACGUUUAUCUCAAUUUAAAUAAUCGUGAAGUAGCAGCGGCAGUUUUUUGCGAUCUUUCAAAAGCUUUCGAUUGCGUGGAUCAUGAAAUUCUGCUGAGAAAACUAGAAGUAUAUACCAGAGAAGCAUACAUAGAUCCGCUCUUAGCACCACCUCCUGCUUUCGCGAUGAGAUCUGUAGCGGCAGGUUGGAGAGUGUAUAAUUUACCCGAUGUACCUGUACGUCACUUUGCAGAACAACUCACCAGAAUGGAUGUGGAUUUGUUCAAAAAGCUGGUUCCACAUCAAUGCCUAGGUGCUGUCUGGUCAAGAAGGGACAAGAGCAGAUCGCAUGAUGCAGCCACCGUACUAGCCACUGUGAAUCAAUUCAAUGCGGUAUCUUUUCGAGUUAUAUCAUCCAUUCUAGUCGAACCUGGGCUCAAAUCUAGUGAUAGAGCAGCAAUAAUAUCUACAUGGAUUGAUAUAGCACAGGAACUCCGCUUGAUUAAGAACUUUUCCAGUCUCAAGGCUAUCAUCAGUGGUUUGCAAAGCAAUCCUAUAUACAGGCUGCAGAAAACCUGGCAGGCGAUUCCAAAGGAAAAAAUCGAAAUGUUCACCGAACUGGCAAGGAUUUUCAGUGAAGACAACAACCAAAUGAUACAGAGGGAGUUGUUGAUGAGAGAGGGCACCGCCAAAUUUGCAGACACUUUCGGAGAAAACGACAAACACUUGCAGAAAGUUUUUCAAAAACAGAAUCAUCACACGGCCAACAUUUUUUUCGGCACCAUACCUUACCUAGGAACCUUCUUGACUGAUCUUACGAUGAUUGAUACAGCCAUACCUGACACAAUAGGAGAUGGUCUAAUCAAUUUCGAUAAGAGACGAAAGGAGUUUGAGGUUUUGGCUCAGAUAAAGUUACUGCAAGGUGCUGCAAAUGCCUACCAUUUUUCUGAAGACCCGGCAUUUGACCGAUGGUUUGACACAAUCCUGGUGUUAGAUGACAGAGAAGCCUACCAACUCAGUUGUCAGAUCGAACCGUCAGCAGGUACCAACAAUUGUAAAACAAAGAAACGUACUUCGGGCCACCAGAAAAAUGACUCGAUUGCAAGCACCUCAAGCAGCAAUAGUUCCCAGUUUUACUGUGAUAUCGACAGCACUCCCAGUUCCCCCCACAACAGCAUCGACAGGAAACUCAGUCCGUCACAGAUGUCCAGUUCCAGCAGCAGCUCAUCCAUACCUUCUCUGGACAUCUCGUUGAACAGUUCACAUUCGGGCAGUGCGAAUAAUAAAUUGCAAGUGCCGUUUAAUAAUUCUGGGACUUUGAGUAAUAACUCGCAGAAGAGCAGUCCAGAUUUCUAUAUCAUUAAGGUGACAUACGAGACGGACAGUGUGGAAACGGAUGGCAUUGUGUUGUACAAAAGUAUUAUGUUGAGUAAUAAUGAAAGGACACCUCAGGUGAUACGGAAUGCCAUGUAUAAAUUGUGUCUGGAGGGAAAUCCUGAUCAGUACACUCUUGCUCAAGUUCUGCCUGAUAAAGAGAUGGUCCUUCCUCCAAACUCCAACGUUUAUUACGCAGUAAACACUCAGUACAACCUGAACUUCAUUUUACGUCCUAAAAAGACUGAAGAGAAGGACACUCCCGGAAAGAACUCGAAAAGUAAAUACAAAUUGUAGUUUUUGAUAUUGUAUACGGAAAGGAUGAACGUUUUAUUCCUGAACGAUUUUCGUAAAGUAUAUAUUGGUGAACUCUUUGAGCUGUUUAUGACAAAUAAUCAAUGAAACAAAUAACAUCUGUGAUAAAGCACAAAAUACUCUCAUCAUCACGUUGUGUGGUAAUUUUAAUUUAUUUAGAAAAUGUAACAAUGUAACUAACUCUCUUCGCUAACAAACUAAUUGUUCAGUUUAUUAUUUUCAAACGUGCAAUUUCGAGCAACAUUGCUUUUUACCUAAACUGAAUUUUAUAAAACUAAAACUUUCGCAUGGAGGAAGUAGAUUUGUCUUCAAUUUAUAGAUAUUUUUGACAGAAUUUAUAUUAGGUUCAUUAGGUGUCGACUUUCUCAUAUAAUUCAAUGUUGAGGAAUGUGUAGAUAAUGUAUGUAUUAAUUGUAAAGAAAUGUGUAUUGAUUUUGUGAAAAAGUGGUGUAAUUGCUAGGACCAAUUCCUUUUCCAACCGACCAAUCUUUUAGCAAUAUUGUAAUUUUUGAUGCCUGAGUAUCUCUAAUAUAGUGGAAUUAAUGUCAAAGCAAUGGUUAACCCUUUGCUACUUAAUUGUAAAUAAUUUUGUAAUAUCAUAAACAGAUUUAUUUUUAUUGUAUUUUUCUAUUAAAAACACCUUACUAGUGAA